AUGCGCCGCAUCCGCGGCGUCCCGUCGUUGUUCUCGUGCGCAGCAGGCAGCCCGCGUGGGGGUGGCGUGCGCGCCUUCGGUUACUCGCCCUUCGCCAGCGUCCGCAAGCCUCCCAAAGGGCGGAACGGGCCGCAUGCAUCAGUCGUCCCCAACAACACCAGCAGCACCAGCAGUAGUAAUAAUGCCGCUGGGAGUGGUCUGGGGCGCGCCCGCCCAACGAAGCCGGCGUCGCAGCGUCUGCAGGAGGCGAAGCGCAUGUUUCCCGAGACGCUGAAGAGCGGUCGCUACAAGGAGGAGAACACAAGGGCGCAGCGGCUCUACGAGGGCCCUGCGUCGGCGGGCAACCUGGGCCCGGAUAGGCGCUUCUACCGCAAGGUUGAGGACUACCGCGAGGUGCAGGAUGACGACCCGUAUGCCGGUAUCUUUGGCGAAAGCGUGGGGGUCAAGCGGCGGCGGGUGAAGGAGUGGCAGCGGCAGUUCGAGGAGGAAAACUCAACGGUGGAGUUGCCGUACGAGCGCACAAACGUCCUUGCACGACUCGCGCCAAAUUGGUUUGUGCGGUACUUUGUGAACAUGCGGGACAGGGGGGGCGUGGACCACGCCGGGUUUUUGUGCGCCUGCGCCUUCGUCACCUCGGGGCUGCUGUGGCUUGUCGGGUACCUGUUCUACACCCCACCGAGCCAGGCAAGGCCCCUCGCGGAGCUGCGGUGA